CUGCUUUACAGCAAGGCUAUAGUGGCUUAGGCUGUAACCUUGAGUGAUUUCGUUUUAUAGUCAUUUUUUUCAGAGCACUUAUCAGCAUGUCCUGAACCUUGCUCUCCGGUCCCUAAAGAUCUUGCAUUGGUGUGGCUGUUUAAUUAUCACGUGCAGUAAUUACCUACUGUCCACUCACUAACUCAGUUCUUUAAUCAUCCUCUCUAUCUCUUUUGGUCUUUCCUGAAUGCAGCCUUCUUUUUUUGUGAUAAGACCUUCCCGACCAUUACCUAGGACUUUUAAUCAGAUCUAUACGACUGCUGGAGUUAGUGUGUGAAAGAUGUCUCCUGAAGAUCUCAAGAAUUAGCGGGGAACUUUUCAGACCUUCUUUAAACUCUUGUACCUGAAUGUAGAACUGGUCUAGAUAGUCUUUUUUUUAAUCAUCCAACCUAUCGGCCCUUAAAAACAAUGGCGUCUUACAGCCCUGCACCCACAGAGGAGCAGUCCUCAGAGGUGUCCAACAUAAACCUGAAGGCAAAUGGCUCACAGGAGUCCAUGAAACUGAAAAAAGAAAUAUCUUUGCUCAAUGGUGUGUGUCUCAUCGUGGGAAACAUGAUUGGCUCUGGGAUCUUCGUCUCACCCAAAGGCGUACUGAUGUAUAGCGGCUCCUAUGGGUUGUCUUUGGUAGUGUGGACAGUUGGUGGGAUCUUCUCUGUGUUCGGGGCACUCUGUUAUGCCGAGCUCGGGACCACCAUCACCAAGUCGGGUGCCAGCUAUGCCUACAUCCUGGAGGCAUUUGGAGGCUUUUUGGCUUUCAUUCGUCUAUGGACUUCUCUUCUGAUCAUCGAGCCCACCAGUCAGGCUGUGAUAGCCAUCACCUUCUCCAACUACAUGGUGCAGCCCAUCUUCUCCACAUGUAUAGCACCCUACGUGGCCAAUCGUCUGCUGGCUGCAGCCUGCAUAUGCUUGCUGACCUUUGUAAACUGUGCCUAUGUGAAGUAUGGAACACGUGUUCAGGACUUCUUCACCUACGCAAAGGUCAUUGCCCUCAUCGCUGUCAUCAUCACUGGCCUGGUCAAGAUAUUCCAGGGUUACACACAGAAUUUUGAAGGGCUGUUCUCAGGUUCAUCUCAGGAUCCAGGUGAUGUGGCUCUGGCAUUAUAUUCUGCUCUCUUCUCCUACUCUGGAUGGGACACGCUCAACUUUGUCACAGAGGAGAUCAAAAAUCCUGAGAGAAAUCUCCCGCUGGCCAUUGCCAUCUCCAUGCCCAUUGUCACAGUGAUCUACAUUCUUACCAAUUUGGCUUACUAUACAAUCCUGCCCAUUCCUGCCAUCCUGGACAGUGACGCCGUGGCUGUGACAUUUGCAGACCAGGUAUUUGGGUAUUUUAAUUGGACAAUACCAGUCGCUGUUGCCUUCUCCUGCUUUGGGGGAUUAAACGCUUCAAUAGUGGCUGCUUCAAGGCUGUUCUUCGUGGGCUCCAGAGAGGGCCACCUGCCAGACUACCUGUGCAUGAUUCACGUCACCCGCUUCACCCCCAUCCCUGCCCUACUCUUCAAUGGUGCCAUGGCUCUUGUGUACCUGUGUGUGGAAGAUGUCUUUAAACUGAUUAAUUACUACAGCUUCAGCUACUGGUUCUUUGUGGGUCUGUCGAUCCUGGGACAGCUGUACCUGCGACGGAAACAACCAGACAGACCAAGACCACUAAAGCUCAGCCUGUUCUUCCCAAUUAUAUUCUGCCUCUGCACAGUAUUUCUUGUGGUGGUGCCUUUAUAUAGCGACACUAUCAACUCAUUAAUUGGCAUUGCCAUUGCCUUAUCGGGAGUCCCUUUCUACUUCCUGUGCUGCCAUCUACCUGCCACACAUAGGCCUAUGUGGCUCAGGAAGUUUAUUGCAUCUUCAGGUAUUCUCAUUCAGAAGGUGUGCUACUGUGUUCUUACGGAGAUGGACACGGAGGGGGAAAAGGCAGAGUAGAAGAGGAAAAGGAUGAAGCCCUGACAAGAAAACCGGAAUAAAUCUCUGGACCCACAACUUGACAUGCAACACACAAGCUGCUGAUGUAAUUAAACUCAUUUUAAACUGGUUUACACGGAUAUCAUUUUAGAUUGAGUGUAAAAACUUCCCCUAUGUCAAAGCAAGUCCUUUAUAUUUAUUAGAGAUAUUUAUACUACGUUUUGAUCAGUUGAAUGCUGGACUGAUGGGGAACAGUAAACCAAGUCCUUGCAUGUGAAGAAACUUGGAUUUUGAGGUUGUUGCGGGGCUUGGUAAAAUGAUAAAAUUAUAGCACUGAUCACAGAGAAAUAAUUUAGAGACAUUUGUCCAAUUGCUUUGAAACAGUUAUAAACCAAAUUCUUGCACAUUAAUUCAUACACACUUAAAUGUAGAUGCUUGUACACUGAGAGUCUAAGACAUUGUUGUUUGUUGAAGAAAGGAAAUGCCAGUGCCAGUACAACAUCUUUAUCUUUACAAGUGUGUAUAUGAAUAUUGAAAGCAAUAUUUUCCAUGUUUUUUUUAAAGACUGAAAUAACCAAUGCAGUGUUAUUCUGGAUUUGUAAUA